GAAUUUCUACCACAGGACCCCUGGGUAUGGGAAGCACAACUACCAGCACCACUCUCCGGACUACUACCUGGAACCCAGGGAGGAGUACCACCCCAUCCUUGCCAGGCAGAAGAAACCGCAGUACCAGCACACCAUCCCCAGCGGUGGAGGUGCUGGAUGACAUCACCACACACCUGCCAUCUGCAGCCUCCCAAAUUCCAGCUGUGGAAGAGAGCUGUGAAGCUGUGGAAGCCCGGGAAAUAAUGUGGUUUAAGACCCGCCAGGGGCAAGUAGCAAAGCAGCCCUGCCCCGCCGGAACGAUAGGUGUAUCAACUUACCUAUGCCUUGCUCCUGAUGGAAUAUGGGAUCCCCAAGGACCUGAUCUCAGCAACUGCUCUUCUCCUUGGGUCAAUCAUAUAACACAGAAGCUAAAGUCUGGAGAAACAGCUGCCAAUAUUGCUAGAGAGCUGGCGGAACAGACCAGAAAUCAUUUGAAUGCUGGGGACAUCACCUACUCAGUCCGCGCCAUGGACCAGCUGGUUGGUCUCCUGGAUGUACAGCUCAGGAAUUUGACCCCAGGGGGGAAAGACAGUGCCGCCCGCAGCUUGAACAAGCUUCAGAAAAGAGAGCGCUCUUGCAGAGCCUAUGUCCAGGCAAUGGUCGAGACAGUUAACAACCUCCUUCAGCCACAAGCUUUGAAUGCAUGGAGAGACCUGACUACAAGUGAUCAACUACGUGCAGCCACCAUGUUGCUUGACACUGUGGAGGAGAGUGCUUUCGUGUUAGCUGAUAACCUUUUGAAGACUGACAUUGUCAGGGAAAAUACAGACAAUAUUCAAUUAGAAGUUGCAAGGCUGAGCACAGAAGGAAACCUAGAAGAUCUGAAAUUUCCAGAAAACAUGGGCCACGGCAGUACUAUCCAGCUGUCAGCAAACACUUUAAAGCAAAAUGGCCGGAAUGGAGAAAUUAGAGUAGCCUUUGUCCUGUAUAACAACCUGGGUCCUUAUUUGUCUACGGAGAAUGCCAGUAUGAAGUUGGGCACAGAAGCCAUGUCUACAAAUCACUCUGUUAUCGUCAAUUCCCCAGUUAUUACAGCAGCAAUAAAUAAGGAGUUCAGUAAUAAAGUUUACUUGGCUGAUCCUGUGGUAUUUACUGUUAAACAUAUCAAGCAGUCAGAGGAAAAUUUCAACCCUAAUUGUUCAUUUUGGAGCUAUUCCAAGCGCACAAUGACAGGUUAUUGGUCAACACAAGGCUGUCGACUCCUGACAACAAACAAGACACAUACUACAUGCUCCUGUAACCACCUCACCAAUUUUGCAGUAUUGAUGGCACAUGUGGAAGUUAAGCACAGUGAUGCAGUCCAUGAUCUUCUUCUGGAUGUGAUCACGUGGGUUGGAAUCUUGCUGUCCCUUGUUUGUCUCCUGAUUUGCAUCUUCACAUUCUGCUUCUUCCGGGGGCUCCAGAGUGACCGUAACACCAUCCACAAGAACCUCUGCAUCAGCCUGUUUGUGGCAGAACUGCUCUUCCUGAUUGGAAUCAACAGAACUGACCAACCAAUCGCCUGUGCAGUGUUUGCAGCCCUUUUGCAUUUCUUCUUCUUGGCGGCCUUCACCUGGAUGUUUCUGGAAGGGGUGCAGCUGUAUAUCAUGCUGGUGGAGGUUUUUGAGAGUGAACAUUCCCGUAGGAAGUACUUUUAUCUGGUCGGCUAUGGGAUGCCUGCUCUCAUUGUGGCAGUGUCAGCUGCAGUCGACUACAGGAGCUAUGGAACAGACAAAGUAUGUUGGCUUCGACUUGACACCUACUUCAUUUGGAGUUUUAUAGGACCAGCGACCUUGAUAAUUAUGCUGAAUGUAAUCUUCCUUGGGAUUGCUUUAUACAAAAUGUUUCAUCAUACUGCCAUACUGAAACCUGAAUCAGGCUGUCUUGAUAAUAUCAACUAUGAGGAUAACAGACCCUUCAUCAAGUCAUGGGUUAUAGGUGCAAUAGCUCUGCUCUGCCUGUUAGGAUUGACCUGGGCCUUUGGACUCAUGUAUAUUAAUGAAAGCACAGUCAUCAUGGCGUAUCUCUUCACCAUUUUCAAUUCUCUACAGGGGAUGUUUAUAUUCAUUUUCCACUGUGUCCUACAGAAGAAGGUACGCAAAGAGUAUGGGAAAUGCUUGCGAACGCAUUGCUGUAGCGGGAAAAGCACGGAGAGUUCGAUUGGCUCAGGGAAAACAUCUGGUUCUCGAACUCCAGGAAGGUACUCCACAGGCUCACAGAGCCGAAUUCGGAGAAUGUGGAAUGACACUGUCAGAAAGCAGUCAGAGUCGUCCUUCAUCACUGGAGACAUAAACAGCUCUGCAUCACUCAACAGAGGAUCAUAUCUUCCCUGCAUUCAGACGUGUGUAACAUAUUUAGAGGGGCUUCUGAACAAUGCCAGGGAUACAAGUGUCAUGGAUACUCUACCACUGAAUGGUAACCAUGGCAACAGUUACAGCAUUGCUGGCGGUGAAUACCUGAGCAACUGUGUGCAAAUUAUAGACCGUGGCUAUAACCAUAACGAGACCGCCCUAGAGAAAAAGAUCCUAAAGGAACUCACUUCCAACUAUAUCCCUUCGUACCUGAACAACCACGAGCGCUCCAGUGAACAGAACAGGAAUAUGAUGAACAAACUGGUCAACAACUUAGGCAGUGGGAGUGAAGAUGACGCCAUAGUCCUGGACGAUGCAACGUCCUUUAACCAUGAGGAGAGUCUGGGCCUGGAACUCAUUCAUGAGGAAUCGGAUGCUCCCUUGCUGCCCCCAAGGGUUUACUCCACGGAGAACCACCAGCCACACCAUUACAGCAGGAGGCGGCUCCCCCAGGACCACAGCGAGAGCUUCUUCCCUCUGCUAACUGACGAGCACACAGAAGACCUGCAGUCGCCUCACAGAGACUCUCUGUACACCAGCAUGCCGGCCCUGGCCGGCGUGCCCACUGCAGAUAGCGUGACCGCCAGCACCCAGACCGAAGCCGCAGCGGCCAAGGGUGGUGACGCCGAAGAUGUUUACUACAAAAGCAUGCCAAACCUGGGCUCCAGAAACCACGUGCACCCGCUGCACGCCUACUACCAGUUGGGGCGGGGCAGCAGCGAAGGAUUCAUAGUUCCUCCCAACAAAGACGGGGCCUCUCCGGAGGGGACUUCCAAAGGACCCGCGCACUUGGUCACUAGUCUAUAG